UGUGCCAGCAGCAGCCGCUCACCUGACAAACAUGACCACCACUGACAUGAGCAUGGGCAAGAUCAUCUUCUACGAGGAGAGAAACUUGCAGGGCCGCUCCUACGAGUGCACGAGCGACUGCUCCGACGUCUCCUCCUACCUGAGCAGAUGCCAGUCCUGCCGGGUGGAGAGCGGCUGCUUCAUGGUCUAUGACCGCCCCAACUUCAUGGGUAACCAACACUUCAUGAAGAAGGGCGAGCACGCUGACUCCAUCAGCACGAUGGGCAUGACCAGCGGCAUCAAGUCCUGCCGCAUCAUCCCUAUGCAGCACAGAGGUCAGUUCAGGAUCAGGAUCUUUGAGCGGGAGAACAUGAGCGGCCAGUCCAACGAGCUGCAGGAGGACUGCGAGAACAUCGUGGACCGCCUUCGCAUGAGCGAAUGUAUGUCCUGCAACGUGCUGGAUGGCCACUGGCUGCUGUUUGAGCAACCCAACUUCCGCGGCAAGAUGAUCUACGUGAGGCCUGGCGAGCACCGCAGCUUCAGGGAGAUGGGCAUGAGCACCACUCGCUUUAUGAGCAUGAAACGUAUCGUGGACACAUGCUAAAUGUUUGAUUUUGUCAAAUUAAAGCAAUGCAAAUGUA